AUCUGGGAUUUAGGUUUGACCCUUACCUGACCUUUAAUGACCAUAUAAAACACCUGUGCAAAACCUCCUUUUAUCAUCUCAAAAACAUCUCCAAACUCCGCCCCACUUUAACCCUGUCAGAUGCAGAGAAGCUCGUCCACGCCUUUAUCUCCUCAAGACUGGACUGUAACUCACUCUUCACUGGGGUCACUGGCAAGAACAUCCAGAAGCUGCAAUACAUCCAAAACAGCGCUCCUGAUGAGAGUCCGGAAGUAUGAUAACAUAAACGGACAGCAACGAGGUUCAAACAUGAGGGACGUUACGGGACUAUUCGUUUUCUUGUUGACUUUCCUGAUGGGAAGAGCCGGCGGGAUAGAGCCGAGUAACGGGUACUGCAUCGGGACCCAGUGCUUCACUGUGUUCCAUCACGCCAGCGAUUUCACAGCCGCGCAGGACCGAUGCAGAGACCGGGGAGGACAUUUGAUGACAGUGCGGUCGUCUGUCUUCCACGAUAUUCUCUUCAUCUUGUUGGGGAACUUGACGGGGCGGUACUGGAUUGGCUUACAUCUGGCGACCGGCUGCCCGGACUCUGCUGCUGAGCUGAGGGGCUUCCAGUGGGUGACCGAGGACAGCGAAAGCGACUUCUUCAACUGGGCGCCGGGUUUGGAGGACAGCUGUUCCUCUCAGCGCUGCGUCUCGGUUUCCCAAGAGGACGAGUUUCAAUGGAUCCCGGAACCGUGUGGGGAACACUUGGCCGGGUUCCUCUGCGAGUACAGCUUCAGUGACCCGUGCAAAGGUCUUACGGCCGCGCAGGGCGAGUCCGUCACCUACAGGACCCCCAUGGGGUUUGUGGGCGAGGAUGUGCUGUCUUUGCCCCCCGGAAGCACCGCCAUCCGGAUGCCGGCCGAGACCAAAUACGUCUGCUUCACCGAGCAGUGGCUGCAGGCACCCUGGAGCUGCGAGAUACACGAGGGCGGGUGUGAGUACAGGUGCGCGGUGAACCCCAAAGACAGGCCCGUCUGCUUCUGCCCGUCGGGCCAGACCGUCAACCCCACGAACAACGUCACCUGCGAGGUGAUGGGCGCGGACCACCCGUGUGUGGCCCUGCACUGCGCGCAAGCCUGCUACAAAGACGGAGACUCAUACGCGUGCAUGUGCGACCACGGCUUUAACCUGGCGCAGGAUGGCAUGUCGUGCGUGGACUUUAACGACUGCCGGGACGACCGGCAGUGUCCCGGGGAGAACUUCAUGUGCGUCAAC